AUGAUUGCAUCACAAAAAGAUGGGCAGGAUUGGUGGAAAAUUGGACCCAAAUACUCUACUACAGCUCUCCUUGGAAACUGACUGGAGAAGAGGACAAGGGGAAGAUCAGGAGAGAAAGAAGGGGGAGGCCAGGAAGCAUUCGUGUGCAUCUCAUUUUGGGGCCUGCCACCACAGCACUUUUCAUGUCACAAGGAAGCAAGAAGCCAAAACUGAGUGUCAGAGUGUGCUGAGAACAGCAACAGACACAGCUAAGCUGUGCUGCCUCCCCUGCUCAGCUGGAGCAAGUUUGCCUGGAUUCCUCAGAAAUCAGAUUUCCCUGUUCUUGGUGCUUCUUGGCAUUGUUAA